AUGGAAGGCCCUCCCUCCCCGAGGGAAACCCCAAAAAGAAAAAAGCGGAACCCUAGCUUCCGCCGCUACCUCCGCAAUCACGGAAUUGACGUGCCCCCCGUCGUGCAGGGAGUGCGCGACCCUGCGCUUCCCCCAAAGCGCAAGCGCAACCAGCGCCGCCCCGGCAAAAAGAGGGCGAAGAAGAGAAAGAUGGAAGCUGCCGCCGCCAAGAAGGCAAAUGAGGAGGGUGGAUCUGUCGCCUCUCCUGCGGCUUCAUCGGCCGGUAGCUCGCGUUCCGCUUGGUCUGCUGCCUCGCCUCGUACUGCCUCGCCACCUGUUGUGUCUCCCCCUGCUGUGUCGCCGCCCGCUGUCUCGCCUCCCCCGCUGCCCCGCCCUCUCCCAUCCGCCCACGUGGAGGCCGACAACCAAUACGUUUGGGAUCCUUUGGACCCCCUGGGUCUAUUUGACGAGUUAGAGGGACCCCUGGACUGGCCAUCCAAGGGGCUAUUUGACUGA